AUGAACUAUCGCAGGAAGGGGAAACGAAAAUGCAAAGUGAACUGCAUAGACAUAGAAUUGGAGGCCUUCAUCUUUGGGUGCUUCUUAUACACGUGGAAUCAAAUCUUCACCGAGCAUGUGAAGCAGAAGAAAAAGGGAAACAAAAGGAGCACUAGCGGAGUAAAUAAGCGCAGCUGCAGGGUGAGUAGCAGCAGAGGAGGAGGGGGAAGAAGCGUCCAAAGUGUCAGUGUCGGGAAGACAACAAACACUGCUAAGAGAAAGUCGAACCUGGUGGCUGCGACCAAUAAGACGUGUGCAGUUAAAAGCACGAACGUUUUGGAGGUGCCGACUUGGGAGAAGGACGCCAGCAGAAAAAGCUGCGGAGAUAAUGAAGGCACCUUGCCACACGCGUCAUCAGCUAGCCAUAUUCGUAGCAACUUAAGUGAAGAAUUUCAAAAGAGAUAUAAAAUAAACAUUAACGACCUCAACGAACAAUUGCUCCAUUUUGUUAAACUGAACUUUUGCUUGAAUGACAAAAAUUUUCACAUUUUUCACGAUUUAUAUUCUUUUUAUGACCACAUAAGGGAGGAGAAAAAGGACGAGGAGGUUUAUUUGCACCGCGUUUUUUUUAAAAGCGAUGAGGGGUGCGCGUCGCAGGGGGGGGAAGGGAUGAGCAGUGCAGAUGGGAACAGCAUGGGAGGGAGGAGCGCAGUGGGUGAGAAGAGGUGGAGGGGGGGUUCUUCGCAGCUGUGCGUGGGGGACGCUCCAAAGCUGUGCGCGGCGGAUUGGAUGAACCCCACUUGCACAUGGCCCGCGAAGUGCCCCUUCUGCGAGCUGACGCGGGGCAAAGACAAGGGAGUUAAAAGAGUGAGGAGACAGAAGUUCAUACACGCAUGCACACGGAGAGUAUACGGAGAGAAGAAUCUCCAGCUUGUAAACAAAUGUAUCAUAAAUAUAAAAACGUUUGAUGAUAGCUUUGUCCACUCGAUCACCAUCGAAAGAUUAUUCAGCUACAUAAAUAAAGAGAACAACAAAAAUUUGCUUUUCUUUUGGUUCGAAUUUUUGAAUGUCCUUUUAAAGGUGACAAUUAAUAAGCAGCUGAUGAUUCAAAUUUUUUUUUCUUUUGCGUGAAAAAUUUACUUAUAACUUCCUACUUUAACACAGAACAGAUGAUGAGCAGUGAUGAAUUCACCGCAGGGAAAACCUUCUCGACAAAAGGACAGGAAAAAAAUCCUUUCCUCACAGAGAUGCUAAAGAAAUACAAAUAUGAAACGUUCAACAGUAUCGUCUUGAAUAAUAACUACAAACUUUUGCAAAAUUUAUUCGAUUAUUUUUUUAUGAUAUGUUCAACGAGGAGUUUGAAAUUUUAUGACAAUUUUUUUUUGAAUGUUCAGAUGAUUAAUUUUAUUUAUCUUGUGCAGGUAAAUUUUUUUCACUAUUACUACAUCGGUUUGUGUUCGAAGUUUUUCCAAUGGGAGGCUGCUAAUCGGGGGGGCACAAGCAAACUGGUCAUACCUACUUCUAAGCCGGGAAGCAGCUACACCAUACGGCUUCCAAAACAGACACAACUUGGUGAGGACGUGAAGGGGAAAAUCGCCCCCUUCAGUCGCCUCAAGAAGAAAGAUGGGGAAGCUGUCAAUCCCGCUCCUAACCUGUGCAGUGUGAAAAAGGGACACAAAAAGGAAUCCACAGUUGGGGCAAAGUUCAGGAGGGUGACUGGGGGAGGGGGUUGUCUCCACAAAGGUGGAGUAUAUGCUGAGGGAGAGCAGAUUGGCCCCAUGAGUGAAUUCACUUGCAGUGAGGAGGUUUCCUCUCCGCGUGGGAGAAGAGACACGGGGGGUAGCUUCAUUGGAAAGUACUACAACGUGGGUGCGAAGCGGCCUUGUAGGGCCAACCUGAGUUACCAGAACUAUGUGCGUGGGGUGCGGGGCACACGACAGGGCAGCAUCAGUCGAUGCGUGGCCCGUCAGAUGGGGGAACAGGCCCCGAUAGACAACAAUAAGAUUGCCCCACUGACUCCGAAUGAGAAGAUCCACCUGCCCCCCACCGCGAUGCGCCUCGCGAGAAACCUGAAAAUAUUCUUCAAACGAUCUCAUAACUUCCUGAAUAAGUACAUUCAGUCAGAUCAGCUAACCAAGCAAAGCAAUAUUUUUUCCUUCCUCUUCGACGCGCUACCAUCAAGCACCCUGCGUAGUAACGUGAAUAACACCCUGGAGCCGUACGUCCUUUCUAUAUUCUCCAAGUACGAAUUCAUCGAAGUACACGAUUUUGUGGAGAGCCUAAAAGGAUUAUACAAUUUGAAGAGGAAAAAAAAAAAAGGAACAAAAAAAACUCUGCGAAGUGGCGAACAACCUAAUGUGAAAUUCCUGAACGACUUACAAGGGUUUAAUUACAUCUAUCACAAUUUAAAAAAUGACUACCUCGUGUUGGCGGAGAGUCUAUACUUUGACAUGCGCGGCGAGAGGGGGAAAGAAAAGAAGACAUACGGGAGAGAGGAAGAAAGGGGGACACACGAAAGAGGAGAAAAGCGCAAGUACAACAAAACGAAAAUUUCUAACUUAAUUCAAAACGAAAAAACAGACAUUUUCAGAAACGUAUCCUUAUAUAAAUUUUCGUCCAAAAAGCUGACCGUCCAACACAACCUCUUUAAUAUUUACUUGGAGUGUAGCUUGCUGAACAAGGCGUUCAAAUUGUUAAUGAUCGAUUUUAAUUUUUCCUUCUCCCUCACUUCGGAAAUUAUUUUCCUAUACAAAAUAUAUCUCAUUGAGUUAAAAAGGAAAAAUAUUUUAUUCGCAUUUGAUUUUGAACAUGACCUUUUAUAAAUGUUUUAUUCUUUUGAAAAAAUAUCUUUGCAAUCCUACGUCAUUCAAAUUAUUAUCUUUGGUUUGCCUUGAUUUUAGUAACCUCAUUUUUAAUUAUCCUUUUUUAAGGUCUUAUCUUUCCUUCUGUCCGAAUGACAGAAUUAAAUUUUUGAGGAGUAAUAUAAUUUUGCAUGAAAAUGUGACAGCCAAUUGUUAUUACAAUAAUUAUUUUAGUCAGAAGAAUGACGUGGGUGGAUUAAAUUUGUUGUGUGAUGAUGUAUGGGAUCGAAGGGGGCGUUAUGGAAUUGUGAGGGAGGAGGGACCAGGGAGCAGUCGUAGAGAGGCUUUACCGGAGGAAAUUUCCAGCUGUGUGGGGGAAGAGGCGGUCUCCGUGCGCCUUGCCUACAGUUCACGUGCCAUGUAUAGCCCUCAAGGGUUGUCCAAUUCUCAGAAUCAGUAUGUUGACUCUGUUGGGAGGCUUGCUCCUCGUUCCGUCGUCAGGGGGGAGGUGUCUCCGCGUGCCAGGGACCCGGAGGGAAACGAAGGGGAGAGGGGCUCCGAAUUCGCUUCAUACGGUCAACGUGGACAAUACGGUCAUUGCUUCGAAGCAGGUGUGCGGGAUAAGCGCGGUUUGCGAAGUGACUCGGUAGCCCCCUCCGCCAGAGUGCCUUUCCCGUAUGACGAAGAAGCCUUUUGCAGAAAUGCGCCCAUAGACCUCUGCAGCAGUGUGGCGCGAGAAGCCACCUCCAGCAGGGGGGGAGACUUCCACAGGAGUACGUCUCACAGAAGUGCGUCCCGCAUAAGUCCAUGUCGAAGAAGCAACCCCAAGGGGGACCAUCGCACGUGCAGCCACUCCAGCGAGGACUCGUUUCACGCGGGGAGAAGUGGAAGACACCGCCGCUUUCUCAGUCAGCACGAUCAUUUGUACAUGCGGAAAAUUGUCCGAAGUUUCAACUUUAUUUUUAAUAUAUUGGAGAAAACGGUGACCAGCUGCGAGAUGUCCCUGCUCAAUUGUAAGGAAGCGGCGGGGCGGGGCCCGCAGCCGUCAUUGGGGGGGCGGCAAACUGGAGAGCGAUCAACUAUGGACCUGCGGAUGGGCCGCCCCCCCGUGGAGCCCCCCCCGUGCGACGCGCCGUACGUCCUCGCGAAAAACAGCUACCAAGAAAACGUAGGCAAUAUGACCAACUUCAUAAAGGAAGUGGUGAACAAGCUGGAAUCGUAUUUUAGCGAACAUUUUAGCCGAAAGGAUAUGAAAAAGCACAUUGAAAAAUUGGGAAGAAAAAAGUACACCCAUUUUUUAUACGACUCCAAGGCAAUGAGAUCGUUGAGAGAAGCACACGAUGAUUCGUUCUUCUGCUGUUUGGAGUUUUUAUUUUUGGCAUACAUUUGUUCCAACUAUUUCUCCGACCAUGUGUGUAGAAGCUACAAGGACUGCUUCAAAUUGUUUAACUUCAAUAACAUUUGGCCAAGCAACCAGCAGAUAAGGGUGAAGAUUUUACUCUCGCUGAUACAUCUCCUUCUUCACGAGAUUAACGUCAUAAAUUUGAACAGCUUUUUUUUACAGAUUUUAAAAAUAAUUUUGAAUAAAUUUUACAACCAUUUGGAUUACAACGAUCUGCAGAUGUUUCAGUACAUAUAUAUGAGUCUGUCUAAUGAGACAUUGUUUUCUUGUUUCUCCAUUUGUGAUGAGAUUAGGGAUGCUAUCCGGGGUAGCUUCGGCUCGGUGAGGGAAUUUGCUUAUGUCUUUCACUUAUCCAGGAGGAGGGACGCCUUUUCGCUGUGUCGCCUUGGCUGCGCGGGGGACCUCCUCGGGGACGACCUUUUCGUCAAGGACCUUUUGGACUUCCUUCUGGGGAGGGAAGCGGCGGCGCGAAAGGGGGAGAGCCCAAACGUGGCAGAGGUGCCCAAUGGGAAGGGGCCAAACGUGGAGGUGCCCAAUGGGGAGAGGCCAAACGUGGCAGAGUUGCCCAGUGGGGACCCCCUCAACGAGACUGCCCUGUGGGAGGACACGCCCCCCAGUGAGUGGCCACACAACGAAACAAUUAGAGAUGACUCUGCUGUGGGUGCAUGGGUUGACCACUUUGAGAAGCACGGAGAGGAUGAGCAAAAUGGAGGUCACCCAAAGUACCACUUUGAUAAUUUCAAAAGUGAGGCAUCCUUUGAGAAAAACGACUUUGUUUUUUUUAAAAAAAGGGAGAAGGAGGGAAGAGAGGAAAAAACGAAACAAGGGGGGGGAAGAGGAAGUAGAAAUAACGUACUCCUCCACUUAGAUAAAAAAAAUACGAAUGGGAGGAAAAGCCUAGUGAAGAAAGCCUCCACAUGGGAUGAAGUAGAAGAGAGACAAAACAAUGAUACCCAUACUGAACUUCAUAAUAGUACAAGCGGAAGACACACCUCGAUGAAAGAAAACAGUGAAGGAGAAAAAAGUGAAGAAGAAAAAUACAAAAAAAUGCUGCACCAUUUCAAAGUUAGCAAAGAGGAUCAUAUAGAAAGUAAUUUGAACAGACAAAACGAAUGGCUGAUACGAUUGAAGACGUGGAGAGAUCGUUACCAUUACUAUGCAAAUGUGAAGCCUGAUCAUUACGAGGCAUAUAAUUUGGAGAAAGAAUAUUACCUUCCUGAUGAACUAUUUGAAACAAACUGCUUCAUCCUAGCAGAGGAGAAACAUCAAAUGAGAAUCGGAUUUAAUCUCGAAAAAAAUAACUACCUUUUUGAAUGCUUAAAUUUAUUGAGGAUGAUCGAUUUAUACAUGGAAUGUAGAACCAGUACAUGCAACAGGCCGCUGUAUUUUGUAAAAAGCGUAAUUAUUACCUGCUUAAGUGUUAGCUACUCCAAACAGCUUUCUGUGGUGUAUAUACACGCCCUCAUACGACUAUGUCUAUUCGAACUACGUAUGGAUAAUACUCAUACGUCUGUCUGCAUUCUCCUCGAAAUUUUAAGUCAUUUUGAGCAGAUCACAAGUUACAGAAAUGUGCUGGGAAUUAUUUUUUACCUUUGCGGGUACUCGCUACUACACCAGCUUAACUUACAGUCGGAGCGCAUGCAAAGGGAAGGAAGGAAAAGGGAACUGAUAAGGGAAUACCACCACUAUGCAAAUGUAAAGAGGGAAAAUUGGGGCUCUUCUCAGGGGUGUAAACUGGGCAGGUCCACAUUUGUGAAGAGUUUCAACACUCCUGAUAUUUCUCCGAUUGGAAGAAGGGGGUCCCACGUUUGUAACAAGGAGGAGGAGGGCGGGGAUGAACGGGCUUCCGACUCCGACAGCACCAACGGGGGGGAACGCGCGAUUGGCUCGGUUUCCACCCGUGAAAGAGCGAACCUGGACCGCGCACUAUCUGAGCGUAGCCACCGAAGCAGUAAUUAUACGCCCAGCCCGCGAGUCAAGGAAAAGACCGCACCGGAAGGGUUCGCCAGAAGCGUGGAGAGGGGAAGAAGUAGCUGCAGGAAGGGGAGCCUCUCCAAGGGAGGCUCUGUGAAGUGUGCCAGGAAACUAAUCCCGCUAGUGAAGAACCAAAUUAAAAUCACCGACUACUUUUCCAAUGUGAAGAACGAAAAGGUGCAAGAGGCACUUUCAGACGCCGACUCAGCCAUAUCUGACAGUGAUAUUCACCUGAUCAGUUCAGGAAAAAAGUGCGUAAAGAAAAGAAAAAAAAAUGAUGGAUUAACCGAUCACGUAGUUGAGCAGAGGGAGAGGCCCCCCACGGAGACAAAUUUCGAAGAGAGGAAAGAACAGAUAUACGACUCACUUGAACAGAUAAAUAAAAAGCAAUUUUUUUACUUUUAAUUUGCUUCUACAUGAAACGAGCUCUCUAUCACUGGGAGAAUGACGGAGAUGCGGUGGGAAUUUCCAACGGAAUUCAACAAAAGAAAAGGGUAAAGGAUGCUCUCUUCUUCCUCAUGUCGUCUUAUAAAUUUUUUUACAAAUCAUCCCUUUUUCUGUCAAAGCAUGAACAGAUUGGGAGUUUUAAAUUUCCACUUUUUGACUUCCAGCUGUUCGGGGCGUAUAAGACGUUUUACGCCUUCUACAAGGGGGCCUUUCUCCGGUGCUGCAACGCGAAUGUGACGUUCACCUCG